AUGGGCAGUAUGUCAGGCGACGAAUCAGGCGAUGAAUUCUGGAAGGACCUGAGCGACGAUGAGUCAACUGAAUCCACAAGACUCCAGUUUGACAAAGGUCGAUCGGGCCUACAGAAGGCUCUUUUACGAACAGACAAGACCGAGUGGUUCCGGUGGUUACAAUCAGAUAUACUAAAGCCCUUCUGGGUAGAGCUGUGGGAUUCUUACCUCAAAACCAGUGGGAAGAAGGGGGCUCGGGGGGUUGGACUGGCAGCCGUACAGGAAACUCUGAUCCAGGGAGAAAAAGGAGCAUCUUGGGGGGCUGUUGAUCAUCUAGCCCGGUUUAUGUACUGGGUAAGAAAAGAGAAUCUCGAGUCGUGCGAGGGUGUAUUCUAUGGGAGAAACAUGCACCCCGAUGAUAUCGACCAGGCUAUCUGGAUACUAAAGAACUAUCUCCAAGAACUCCACUCCGAAAGCCAAAUAAACAAAAAGACUGGCGGGACAGCCAUUUUUGGCACCAAGCGCCACAAUGAGGUGAGCAAUACAGAGUGCAACACCGGCAACGAUGACAAGGCCAUACUUGGUGACGGAAUGGCGACAAUGACGCCGAGUGAAGGUGAACAUAUGGAAGAACCAUGCAGCGACAACAUUGAUUGGGUGCAAGAAGCCCUAACACCCAAGCAAAAGAUUCGUCUCAACCGUCUCUCGCCAACUUACAAAAAGGAAGAAGUUUAUUGGCAGAUAAUCAAAAUAAAUAGGGCCUUAGACAUGACAACAAAAAGGACUCCGUCAGAAGAGCGUCUCGAUGAGGAAGCCAAUGAUAACAGGGAAGAGGAGGAAAUCCCAGAGCUUGCUAAAGAUACCGAGCAUACUAUAUUUGACCCCUUCAAAUAUGAUACUUCGCAGGAUUUUGAGGCACCCCUCGAGGUAUGCAUGCAAGAAGACCAAGUGGAGGUCACACAAGAGGAUAUAGCUCAGCUUCGGGAGCAACAGUCUUGGCUCAACAACGAGCAGUUCCAACGGGAUAAUCACGAGGAAGCGUGCGAGAAGCUUGACAUUAGUGACCCAAAAACGCCCCACCUGAAAGGCAUGGUGGGAUCGGCCAUACUAAAGUUUUGGCAAGUGGUGGCAGUCUGGUGGCUGAUAGAGAUCAUGGCCAGCAGACUGACCAAGGGGGCAAUACUUGCGGAUGCGGUGGGACUGGGAAAAACAUAUGAGGCGAUUGCCUUCAUAAUUGCACUAACUCUUAGGAAGCGAACUCCAUACCUAUCUUCCCUGGUGGAUAAGGGAGACAAGAGGGCCGAGCAGGAUCUGAACAAGCCCGUAUUGAUUAUUGUGCCUCCCCACCUCAUAGAACAAUGGGCUGCAGAAAUACACAGCAUUUCAAGGCGCCUUGAGCUCUGGAUAUACUACGGUGAUGAUCGUACAAAACAGGGUGCUCGACAUAUCCAAGGCAAGUUGAAGGCCAACCACCCGAUUUUCCAUGUCACAGCGGAUACCAAAUAUCAAGUCAUCCUAUCCACUUACCAGACUAUGGAGGCGAGGCAUGGACUGUCAGCUGUAAAAGACUGGCACAAAAAGAAGUUCAAGAAGGACUUCAAAGGAAGCCACCUACCGAACAAUUUCCCCAACAAUCUAAGUGGUCGCUUCGGCCUCGUCGUAUGCGACGAGGCCCACCAAAUCCGAAAUCCAGAAUCUGGAGCCGCUCUGGCCGUUUGGUGGCUCGAUGCAGCGUUUCAUCUUCUGAUUACGGCUACACCAUUUUGGAAUAGCCGGAAUGCAGAUUUUCUUGGUUAUAUGAGACUUCUUCUUCUUCCCCUCAGGGGCAUAACUUCGGAACUCAAGCCGGAAGAAGUGCAAGAAAUUCUCAAGGCUAAACAUGGAGACAAGGAUUUCGAGAUGCUUCUAGGGAUGGACUUUGUACGGAAAUACAUUCUUCAUCCAAACAUCGACAGCAUGGACAGCGCAAUCCGAAUGAGAAAGUUGCUAAGCUAUAUUAUGUUACGACGAACUUUAGCCUCAUGCCUGCCACUGGGAAGCCAGGCAUGUAUCGGCCAGGAUAUUCCACCCUGCCAGCGUCAAGUUUUAAAGGUCUUUUUUAAUGAAGAAGAAAAUGAGGCCUACAGAGCUUACUGGAUCAAGUAUAGGCGGGUCUUCAUAAAGGAAACUGGUGAUGAUGGCCGUGUGAAAUUUCGGUAUAAUAUGGACAAUUACCGGAAGUUGGUCCUCGCUGCAUCCUGGAUAGGAAUGAUCAUACUGGAGAAAGCGCUUACAUCAAAGAAUAUGAAAAAGGCCAUAGUAGCGCAGAAGAAAGGAAAAUUAAUAGGCCAAUUCAUGCAACAACUUCAGUCCAGAGAGAUUAUCAAAGGGAAGGAAGGAAUCAAAAGCUUUUUCCACCUACCACAAGAUUCGCCCUCCUCUGAGACAUCAUCUGAAGACUUCCUUAAAGCUGAUGCCGGCCGGCUUGCAGCUAUGCUGCGAGGAUCUGCCAAGAUGCGGGUAAUGCUUGGUUUACUUCGCGACCAAGUAUUAUUCGGGUCUGAAAAGGCUAUAAUUUGGGUCAAUUUCCCCGCCGAACAAAUGUACGUGUUGACCACACUUCAAGAGGCCGGUUUUGACGCUGUCAUGAUCGAUAGUGGCCUAGACCCGAAGGAGCGUAACCAGAUUGUGCAGGUAUUUACAACUGAUCCUGCAAAACACAUGAUUUUGGUAUUAUCGUACCAGCUCAAUUCCUCGGGAUUGAACCUCCAACGUUAUUGCAGAUAUGUUCAUCUUUUCACCCCCGCCAGCACAAAGUCCCAAGGUGACCAGGCAAUCGGACGAAACUUGAGAGUUGGACAGACAAGACUGGUAAUCGUGUACGAUUACCGCAUGAUGUCCACAUUCCAGGCGACCAUCGCCAACCGCGCGGCAACAAAAGCUCUCCCAGCCAUGUUGACGGAUAUUUCAUGCUCGUUAGCUGCAAUGCUCGAGCCAUCCUCAGAGACGGCGUAUACUGAUCGCUGGGUCAUUCGGGAUGGGAAGGUUUUACAUCUGGAGGAUACAGAGACGCCUCGUGAAGGCGACGUUACCGACCCCGACACUGUCCUCGAUGGCAUAUGCGCAAUGCUCGAAGGACUGGCCUACGAGCCGGACACGAAGACAAAUAAAAGGGCUAAAGCAAAGAAAAGACGCACUACAAAGAAGUAA